UCUAAAAAUAGUGAUUUCUGUGCAUGAGCAUAAUCAUGUGUUACUACACCCCAAGUCCAUUUCACACCAGAUUUCUUCUUUAAAGACCAGUUUAGAUUAUCUGAAAUCCCAUAUGUUGUGGUAACAAGAAGACCAUGAAAGUAUCAUAUCGAAAACUGUGCAUGAUAUUUUAAAUCAGUAACCCACAAUCUUUUCUCAGACACGCCCCCCCUGCAGUCUGGAGAUGCUGAGUCUGUCAGUGAGACAGGCUCACUUUAAUAACACUCAGGUGCAGUUUGACGACAUGCAGUGGGAGCGCCACGCCCCGUCUCUGCGGCCGCUGGGAUUGGCCGUGCAGCUGCUGCUCUGUGACCCGGUGGUGGCGGCCAGAGUGCUCCGGCUUUCUGAUCACCUCACUCACGCCGCCCUGCUUCGCACACGCCCCCCGUGCCAACCGGUACGCCCACCCUGGGGCCUCUAUCAGCUUCCGAGGAUACUGGGCUUCUCUCCUACUGCUCAGGACUCAUUCCAGCAGAGGCUGAGCAUGGCUGCUUACACCCUUCCCACAAUCCCUUGCUCUGGUGAGCCAGGGAUGUUGGCACCCCCUCCUGUGUCCAUGCGACGGCUCCCGUUCUCACAUCUCAUCGCUCUGCUGGCGCACCACUCGCACACUGGUGACCUACACCUUUUCUCUUAUGGAUCUGCUGAUGUCGUCCUGGGAACGUGUACGGAAUUCUGGGACGGAGAGGAUCUUCAGCUUCUGACUGAUUCUGACAGGAAGAAGGUGGUGGAUUUUUACCAGCGCUCCUGCAUGGCGGGUCAGUGUGUAGCCGUGUCGUUUAAGCCCCUGCUCCAACCUUACGAGCCUGAGAUAGAUGGAAUGUGUGUGGAACUGCCCCUCAGUCACAGUGAUGAAACAUCAGGGGACAUUUCUUUAUCUCCCCUCAGGCAGCAGGUAUUUCUAGGACUGGUCUCUUCUCAGUAUCAGGCACGACCCGAUAUGAUCAGGCUUAUCUCUGGACUGGACAGCGCAUGCAUUCGCUUCGUUUAUUUCUCCAACGAGGAGGAGGUUCGGAGCAAAGUGUUUGCUGAAAAGAUGGGUCUUGAAACAGGAUGGAAUUGCCACAUCUCCCUGCAGUCGGAAUGCUUCCCUCUUGAUCCAGAAAACAUUGAAAUGCCAGAAAGGGCUGAAGAAGACUCAUGUCUGCUUGGAGAUCGGGGCAGCGAUGAGGUGGAAUCAAGAGCUAUGGAGCAUGACGGAGCAUGUCUGAUAGAGGAUUUAAACAGGCUGAGUGUGAGAUGGUAUGUAUUAUGCAGGAGUAUGGAGAAGUGGUGUGCUGUCUGGGCAGCAGUCAGAACAUCAACAACAAUGGCAUCUUUCUGCAGAGUGACAUCAGGUGAUCUUUCUUCUGAUUGGUCAGAUAAUCUGAUAAGAGAUCUAAUGUGUAUUUUAAUCUGUUGUAAUCGUUCUGUCCUCACUGUGAGCAGUAUUGCUUUAGAGCCGCUGGCUCCUACCUGUGGUCAGUCCUGUUCAGAUGUGCCUCAGAGGCUUCCAGAGUCCAGAGAUUCUGUGAGCCUGACCCAGAUCUCCAGUGCCAUCUGUGGGCUGGCCUGCACAGUGCAGCUCCACCACCAGGACAACAGCAAAGUCAUCAAACUCAUCAAGCAGGCACGACACAUUACAGCUGGCAUCCGAAAAUGCUUUCUGUUUCUGCUACAGUGUCAGCUCUCACUUGUUCUGAUCCAGAUUCUGGCGUGUGUAUGCCAGCUGCCUCCUCCUCUGGCUACGAGUGAUGUCCUAUUUCUCUCAUGCUUUUAUUUCCCUAUGCUCAGUGUGUCGUUGCUGGGAAAGCCAUCUGACAGUUCUAUCAUGAAGGUUCCAACUGGGAAAAAUCUGAGAUUCCUACCUAAAAAGACGCUGCGCUUCUUCAUGCUGUGUUUCCUGGUGAAGUUUGGUUUGACCGUCUGCAUCUACUUAACGUGCUUCGGCCUCGUACUGCACGGCUUCUGCCUGGAAAUUAAUCAUGAAGAUGAGAAGCUUUGCUACCCAACAGCACUGCUCAUGAAUUCAACUGUGUGGUCUCCAGACUGGUACGGUAAACAUUCAGACGGUCUUUCUCUCGCGCAGAAAGUCAUCGCAUUCCUCGUGCUGCUCUACGCUAUGUGCACAUCUGUCAGUCAUGUCCAUCGCUCAGCCCCCAUGUGGAAGCAAAGCCCACUGAGUAAUCACAGCUGGUGUGCGGUCGUCUGCACUGUGCCGAUACUUAAUGUUUCCAUGGCGAUAGGAUCUCAGCUACUAUUGAAUUCCCCGACAUCCCCCCACCAUUUCUACAUCAGCGACAUACCUGUGGCCACAUGGCUGCUGGGUAUAUUCUGGCUAAUCCCUCUCGUGUUCAUCAACGAGGGGAUAAAGCUCCACGAGAUCAGGAUGAGAGUAAGAUACCAGAAGAGACAGAAGCUGCAGUUUGAUACAAAACUUGGAAUGAAUUCCCCUUUCUGAUCUACAGCCAGACCUACAGUAUCCUCUCUAUUUGACAACAAUAUAUAUAUAUAUAUAUAUACUAUAUCUUAAUGGCUUUCAAUGGACAUCAAUGUGUGGAGAUUUGAAUUCCAAGUCAUUCUGGAUCAUACAGCUCUGGAGAAAAAUAAAAGACCACUUGAAGAUGGUGAGUUUCUUUGAUUUUACCAAAUUGAAAACCUCUGGAAUUUAAUCAAGAGGAAGAUGGAUGAUCACAAGCCAUCAAACCAAACUGAACGUCUUGAAUUUUUGCACCAGGAGUGAGAAGAAUAAAGUUAUCCAAAAGCAGUGUGUAAGACUGGUGGAGGAGAACAUGCCAAAAUGCAUGAACACUGUGAUUAAAAACCAGGGUUAUUCCACCAAAUAUUGAUUUCUGAACUUUUAAAACUUUAUGAAUAUGAACUUGUUUUCUUUGCAUUAUUUGAGGUCUGAAA